CCUGCCGGCACUGUCAUCUGCUCACAGCACACAACUAACAAGAAAAUAGAAGAUAAAAGAUUCUAAUCCGACUUAUUGGAAGGAGAAAUGUGCUAAUUUGAACUGACACAGAGUUAACUCUGGCAUAAAUGCUUCCCAAAGUGUAUUACAAAAUUACAUCUCAGAUAUUUUAGAUGUUGAAGUGUUCGAUGUUUCUGUGGUCAAUAAAAAGAAACCUAAAGUAGCGUAUAUAUCAAAGUGAUUGACCUCGAGUUAAAGUCAGCCAUUGGAAGCUAUAAAAAAACGAGCCACAUAAAGGAAAAUAUUACCAACCAAAAGCCCAAGCGAAGCAACAAUUUUGUCUUACUUUUUACAUGUGUUUGCGUGUGUGUGUGUAGCUAUGGCUGUGUGUAGUUAGAAAGAAGUGUGGAGUAGUAUGGAUGUAGGUACGAUGAUAUGUACUGAACUGAACUAGAAAACAAGUGCUUCUGGCUUUACUUGACUGCCGCUGCUGCUGCGACUGCAUAGAAUUUUAGUCGUUUGUGCGACGGCGACCGGAGGGGAAACGAAAAAGGUCAAGAAUUUUAUAAAGCAACAACAACUCACCGUGCAGUGUAUCGGUUUCGGGAGAGUAGAGAAGAGCAAAAAACCCACACGUUGAACAAAAAGACAAUAAGAGUGAGGGGCCAGCCGAGCAAAAGGUGUGCGACGGGGCCACUUUAUAAAGCUCCGACAAUGGGCACAAGUGGUUUUCAAGCUGAAGAUAAAUAUUUUGUGAAUCAUACGCAGCAAACACACGGAGCAGGUGGCUGUGGAGCUGUUGCUGGUAGUGCAUCUUCUGCAGCGAAUAGCAGCAACAAUAUGAACGUGGAAUUGUGCCUGGUGUGCGGUGAUAGAGCUUCCGGCCGUCAUUAUGGAGCCAUCAGUUGUGAAGGAUGUAAAGGAUUCUUCAAGCGAUCGAUACGCAAACAACUGGGCUACCAGUGCAGGGGAGCCAUGAACUGUGAAAUAAACAAACAUCACCGCAAUCGUUGCCAGUUCUGCAGAUUGCAGAAAUGCUUGGCCAGCGGCAUGAGAAGUGAUUCUGUACAACAUGAAAGAAAGCCAAUUUUGGAUAAGAAAGAUCCCAUGUCAUCAGCGUCAACCAGUCAAGCUGUGCAAAGCUUGACUGUCGGCGGAGGAGGCAGUGGGGCAGGAGCAGCAUCGAUGAAAUCAAAUACUAGUCCCCAGUUUCAGCCGAGAUCGAAACUCUCGCCUUCUCUUUUCAAUCACAACUUAAGUGCAGCUGCAGCGGCCACAAACGCGGCAGCUGCUUUUUCGACCACAGCAGCUGCUGGCAUAUUUCCCAUGGGCUUAAACUUUGCCGAACUCACACAGACCUUAAUGCUAGCUACUCAACAACAGCAACAGCAAGCUCAUCAUCAUCAUCAACAACAACAACAACAACAGCAGCAGCAGCAUCAACACCACCAACAACUAUCAAGUCAAUCAUCUUCCAGCUCAAAUAAGCAUAUCAGUUAUUCCCCGGAACCCAAACACCAUAUAGACGACAACGACGAUGAGGAAGAUGACACAUUUGACAACACUACAUCGUUGUGUUUGCAAAACCUUUCCACAACAGCGACCAACAAUAAUAACCAAAGUAUCAAUUUCAACCUUGAGGCUUUGGCUCCUAAUCCACCUACAGCUGUCAGUUUUAUACAAACGCAAUUGGAUAAGCGGGUGAUAGAUAAAGCUUUGCAGCUAUUGCAGCCCAUAAAGCAACAACUUGACAGUAUGCCCACAGGCGGCAAUGGCCUUUCAAUUAAAAACGAGCUGAAUGAGGACGACGAAAUGGGCGACCAAAGCGGCAAUGAGGACGAUUUCAACGAUAGCAGAGAUAUGGAUGAUGGCCAAGAGUUCAUAGUGAACGAGACGGUGUUCGAAAAUGAAUUGAUUUCAUCGAACUAUGCCAGUUUCAAUCUGCAAACUCCAACGCUAGUAUCGUCCUACUUCAAUGUCCACUAUGUGUGCGAGUCGGGCUCUCGUAUUAUUUUCCUUACCGUUGUUUGGCUGCGCAAAGUUCCCGCAUUUGUGGAACUACCCCAACGAGCGCAAGUAGCAUUACUGCGUUCAUCCUGGCCUUCCUUGCUGGCAAUAAGCGUGGCACAAGUGCGUAAUCUCUCUCAACGAACUAUAAUCAAUACACUGAUAAGCAACGUACGCCAAAUGGCAGAUGUGGACAAAAUCGAACCACUGAAAAUCAAAAAACUAAGUGAACACAUAGCGCGUCUAAAUUCGUUCAUACAAAAUAUACAGUCACUGGAAUGUAGCGACAUGGAAUACGCCCUUUUGCGAUUGACCUGCCUUUUCAAUGCGCUCUGUUUCUUGCGACGUAAAGACCAUUGUUUACGAACCUACGUUCAGCGCGUGCAGCAAUCUAGUCUGAAUAGUCUACGGAAAUUAAUCAUGUCCCAAGAUUUGUCGGCUUAUGAAGCGGACGAACGUUUUAACAGUCUCGUUCUCAACCUAAUGCCCCUGAGUGCCUUAGAGUCGGACUGUGUGGAAGAUUUGUUCUUUUCGAACCUAGUGGGUCAAGUGCAAAUUGACAAUAUGAUACCCUACAUAGUAACUUUGAGUAACAGUGUAGGAAGCCUGAACUGUUGAGAGUAUUCGGUCAUUGUGCGUUUUUUGCAAAUGACGGCGUCUUUUUUAUUGUUUUUUUUUUAUCAGACUGAAAAUGAAUGAACUAUUGAUGAUAAUAAAAGUGAGAAACUCACUUCCCUAGUUGUAGAUUGACUGCUGUUAAGUUGUCAUUAUUUUUUCUGAAUUCAAUAAAAAAUAUACUUUUUAUAAUAAUACCAACAAA